UGUGAAGCUGUGUAUGAGCCAGCUUUCGUCACACUGUUGGGGGUUUAAGAAGAGAAGAACAACAUAUUUAAAAGGCAUCCACCUAUCCUGUACAAAGAUAACGAGUAUCAUUUUGGCACAUGUGGCUUCCAAUUUACUUCGAUGCUGGUAGGCCUAAUCGAUAUUCUCACAUGUGGCCACACGCUGAGCCACUCCGCCACCACCACACACAUUAUUAAUUUUCUCUCGGUGCAGAAAUCUCCAGCCCUGCAUGAACAUGCCCGCAGGACCCGGUGCCUUUCUAACAGGUGAAGCCGCUGUUGGGCAUCGUUCCGUGAGGGUUGCCUGUUUGGCGCUGGGUGCAUCGUAACCAGUGGGUUGGUCAGAUUAGAAAGAAAGAGAGGUCUCCAACUCACAGGUUGCCGUGCUAUAGGCUACUACUGGAACCAUUGAGAGAUUUUCGCAGCGUUAGUCAUCGCACUAGCCGCAGUGUAGCCUUGUCUCUCUGAAUAGCCAGCCCUGUGGUUCAGUACGCACUCUUCUACGUGUUGGGUUUGGUUGAUCCCAUCUUUUUAAACCGAACCUCAACCGAUCCAUAUGCUGCUGCUUUCAUGGUCGUCCAUGGUUCUGACUCCGGGCGGUUUCUCUGAUCCGCUGUCAGUGGUCUGAGGGGUGUUGGGCCAGUGUGUUGGGCGCGCGGCUCUGGUCAUUAGUGUGUUUGCGCAGGAAGUGGCAGCCGACGCCAGUGGCCGAGCAGGUGAUGUUUGCUCACGUAAGCCUUUCGCGUUUGAGGGGUGCAGAGGACGCGGCUAGAGGGAUUGCGCUGUUGCAUCGCCUAGCUGGAUAACCAGAUAACCGCUGUCUUCUGUAGUCCUCCGUUUAACCAAAAAUGAAUCCGAUUUUUAUACACUUCUGAAGGUGUAUCAAGAAGCCCGACCUUGUGUGUGUCUGUAUGUCUGUGUGUAUUAGUGGGGGGGUUUCUGUGUGAGGAAUCUAACAUUCAUUUUCCGUUAUAGAAGGGCAAUGCGCCCACCCAUUCGAUGACAUUAAUUGGAGAGAGAGGACAGACUGUAGAGGCUUCAUGCAGAACCUCUGGUUUCGAGUAGAGGGUAAUUUACGAGUCUUGGUUUGCGUUUCAGGAGAAAAAUAUUGUGUUGAAGGAGAAUGCAGCAACCACAUUUUUAACCAUGCAGAACCGGGCCGUUUCCGGUUCUUAGGCUGGUGUGUCCCCAUCUGAAAGCGUAUGGGGAAAGCGGCAGACACAGAUGGCAUGGACACUUAUACAAGGUCUGCCGCUCUGCCCUGCUAUCGGAGCCUAUUCACAGUCUCCCACUUCAACCCCGCUCCGUCAUCCGCGCCCCUUAGCCGCCCCAGCACUGCAGCAACGGAGCCACGGCCGACGGCAUGAGGCUUGAUCCGGUGCAUUUCUCCAUGCUGGUCAUCGGGGUCUCCUUCGCCUGUUACGCCCCGAGUCUCAAUUCCCUCCAGGACCAGGCGUAUCGAUCUGCCGUGGUCAUCGAGGGCGAGGUGCGCUCCUCACCGGAAAACGUCUCUCGGGAGCCGUACAGUGUGAAUGUCAAAGUGUUGGACGUGUGGCCCGUGAACAGCGGCGGGCUCGAGCGGGAGCAGCUCGUGACGGUCGGAGACUUCGGUUCUGAGGCCCCGUGCACCACUGUGGAGGAGAACCACAGAUAUAUAUUUUUCAUGGACCCAACAGGCGAGCCUUUAGUAUUCAAGGCAUCGUUUGCUCCGCUGGACGCCAGCGGAACGGACCUGAAGAAGGAUGUGGAGAGCGUGUUGUGCGAGGACUGCGCUGUGGCCCCUAAGUUGCGGCCGAUGCGGGGCCAGUCUUUAAUGGAGGGGGAGAGGCUGUAUCUGAAGUGUGAGGCGUCAGGGAACCCCAGCCCCUCCUUCCGAUGGUAUAAAGAUGGCCGAGAGCUCCAGAGGGGAAAAGACGUCAAAAUCAAGACCAAUAAGAAAAACUCCAAGGUCCAGAUCAACCGAGCGAGGCUGGAGGAUUCUGGUAACUACACGUGUGUGGUUGAGAACACGCUGGGCCAGGAGAACGCUACGAGCAGCAUCAGUGUGCAGAGCCUGACCACUACUCUGUCUCCAGGCUCGAGUCACGCCCGGCGCUGUAACGACACAGAGAAGUCGUACUGCGUGAACGGUGGAGACUGCUAUUUCAUACACGGUAUAAACCAACUGUCAUGCAAGUGUCCAAAUGACUAUACAGGUGAUCGCUGUCAAAAAUCCGUCAUGGCAGGUUUCUACAAGCAUCUUGGAAUUGAAUUUAUGGAGGCAGAGGAGCUGUACCAGCGGCGGGUGUUGACCAUCACAGGCAUCUGUGUGGCACUUUUGGUAGUGGGCAUGGUGUGUGUGGUGGCAUACUGCAAAACCAAGAAACAGAGGAAGAAGAUACAUGGCCACCUGAACCAGAACGUGAACCAGAACCAGUGUGUGGAGCAGCCCAACCGCAUGCUGGCUAAUGGACCCAACCACCCCGGGCCAGGCCCUGAGGAGAUCCCCAUGGUGGACUACAUCUCAAAGAACGCUCCUACCACAGAGUGUAGUGUAAUACAACAUGGACCAGAAGAAGCCGUAAACUACGCAGCAAGCCGAAUAUCCACCAGAUCCCACCACUCAUCUACAGUCUCCCACAACUCCAGACACGAGGAGCGGACCUGGAGUAUAGAGAGGACAGACAGUAUGAACUCAGACUGCCAGUCGGGGGCGCUCUCCUCGUCUGUGGGCACCAGUAAAUGCAGCAGCCCGACCUGCAUGGAGGCACGGGCACGGAGGGCCACCUACUGGGGCUGUUCUGAGGGAGCCAGCCUGCAGUAUGGAGACUCCUACGACUCUCUGAGAGACUCACCUCAUAGUGACAGGUAUGUGUCAGCGUUGACCACGCCAGCCCGUCUGUCACCCGUUGAGUUCCACUACCCCCCACUGCCCCCCCAAGUACCCACCUUCCAAAUCACAUCCCCCAACACGGGCCACGCCCUCGCCCUGUCGCCCGCCGCCGCAGCCUACCACCGGGAGGACGACCAGCCCCUGCUGAGAUGCCCCCAGGAUGGACGGUUGUACCGGCAGCCCCGUCGCCCGCGCCAACCCUACCUGACAGAGAGCACGGGCAGCCUUCCAUCCAGCCCAUACCAUCUCCCUGACGACGAGGCCUACGAGACCACGCAGGAGUACGCCUCCUCCCGUGAGCCAAUCAAGAGCCGCCGGCGCCCGCGUCGGAACCGCCUCAAUGGACAUGUCUCCCAGCGUGCAAUGGGCCUACGGGACUACAGCUCUCAGAGCUUCAGCCAAUCAGAGGAGGAGGAGGAGGAAGAGGAGGGGCACGGGGAGAGCACGCCUUUCCUCAGUAUGCAGAACAUGAACAUGGAGCCAUGCGAGCGUGGGUACCGAUCAUCUACUGUCCCUGCCCCCACCGCCGACAUACGGACUCACCGGGCGCAGGGGCGGCCAAGCACCCGCAGCAACGGACACAGUAAAAGCUCCCAGUCGCGCUCCUCCAAACAUGACAACGCACCCCUUUAAGACCCACCCGCCCGCCUUGACCCCUGAUCUCUGACCCCUGACCCCGACCCACCUAAAGACAACAGUGGAGUAGAUACCUGCACCUAGGAUAAAUAUUUUUAUUUUGUAUAACAGACAGAUAUUCUAAACAAAUGAAAUAUUUAUUUUCAUUUCAGCAAAAAUUGUCUACUAGCUAACAGCAAAGACUUUUUUUAUAGGGGAAAAAUAUUUAUAUGUAAAGUUUUUGAUUUACAGCGUUAUGAGAGAAAAAAAAUGAUUACUUGCCAAUUUUUUCACGAGUUAGAUAAUAGAAUAAUAUUGUGGUGCCUUUUGCUGUGUGCUGAAGCCGGAGGUCCAGUUGAGUUUUUGUAGCCUUUCUAAUACAGACUCCUCAUUUUUAUAGACCUCUUUACUUUUACUUUAUUUUCUCUGAUUUAGGAUCUCCUUGUUUGAACUGUGAUAUGAUUCUGUCAUCAUGCAAUAUGAAUCACUCCUGUGUAACGGUGUAUGUUUCCAUGAGUAUGAUCCACACGCAGUUGUUUAUUCACAGGCGACAUUUAUCACAGACGCAACUGGAUGUGGUGUCCUGUCCUGGUACAGGAAGUGAUGCGCUAGUUUUUGAUGAGUCACUCCAACAAAUUCACAUCAGUCAUUCAUGUCAUCAUCCGCCCCCUGUCAUCGUAUGUGUAUUGAUUCAGAGGAAUGCAGAUGAUCCAAGGUACCUGCACAGGUGUUCAGGGUUUCUAAAUGGGAGCGAGUGUAGGUGACGGUUGUGGUGUGUGUGUGCGUGUGUGCGUGUGUGCGUGUGUGCGUGUGUGCGUGUGUGCGUGUGUGCGUGCGUGCGCGCUCCGUGAUGAGUUGUAGUCUAGUGAGACCUGAGUGUCCAUUCAGCUAUGAGGGUGUGGUCACUGUUAAACUGACAUACUCAACCGGCCAAUCCUCAUGCUGCCAGAAGCUCCAUUGCACUCUAAAACCUCCUUCCAUGAGCAUUCAUUUGCCAGGGAGCUGCCAAUCCAACCAAUCCAGUCAAUCCAGCCUGAUUCUGGCCUACAUGGACUGCCCUCCCCCAUUCCUAUGCCAGCAGCUUAACUAAAGCCGCACUGUGUCUCAGGACUUUCACAUCCCAUCAAGAAAAAGACUCCAUUUCCCAAGAGCCACCAUGGUCCAUAGGCCAGAUCCAUUAUGUCCCUCUUCCUUGUCUGUUUCAUCUGUGAUAUAGUAUGGAGCUUUGAAAACUCUUGAAACUUGAAAAAGAAAAGUGGGUUUUAAAAAUGCCAAAAUAUGCUGAUAUGUAGUUCAUGUUGAGGCUCUUGGAUGAUUGUUCUAUGACAGUGUAAUGACACAGGUUUGUUUGACGAUGAAGAUGACGAUGACGAUGAAGAUGAAGAUGAUGAUGAUGAUGAUGAUGAUGAUGAUGAUGAUGAUGAUGAUGGCAUUGGCUCGUGGUGAUAAUGGCACUGGUUUGCUGUGUGCUGUGACAAGUGACACAGGUUAAUUUUUGCAAAGUCUCUCCUAUGUUGACUGACUGACUGCAGUAUGUUUGUGUCUGUUCGGUUUGUCCUUUUUAAUCAUAGCCAACAGAUGGUAUGGUAUUAUCGAUUAUUGCAUCCUUUUUUGCAUUCCUAUACCUUUAUUAUUAACAUACGUAUACCUUGCUUGGUCAUAUUGACUGAAUGAUCUGAUAUAUGUCUGUCUCUGUCCGACCCCGCCAUCUUGACAAUGACAUCAUAGAGUAUAACAUAACCUAUUAUCAUGGGAUUUGUUAGACUUACACAUGACAACAGCUUGUCCACUCCACUAUGGGUUACAGGCAUUCCUCAGAAAGGAUCCACCUCAGAAAUACUAUGAGAUUAAAUGGACCGAGAGCGUCAGGCUCCUCUACCUAAAAGAAAAAGGGCAUUGUGUCAAAUACAUGAGUCCCCAUGAGUUGGUUUUAAAUGAAUAUUUAAAUGUGCCCCUUUACCAGUGGAGUCUCACAGGAGAUGCAUGUAUCGCAAACAAAAUGUAAUAAUAAGUACCUUAUAAAAAAUGAUAACCAACUCCUUUGAUGAAUUCAGAGGAUUAUUGUGGAAUAUCAUUUAGAGAUAUACAUAUUUUCAUGGCCCAAUGUUCUGGCUAGUUUGUCUAAGUUUCACUGUAUUCAAUCUGGGAUUUGCAAUGUGGGAUACUGCCAGUGAGGGUAAUGUGCUUCUAGAGGUAGUUGAAAUGUAAAAUCCCCUUUACCUCCUUCCCUUGCAACCAAUCCUUCCUACCUUCCACAUUUACUAUCUCUUUCUCACACACACACACACACACACACACACACACACACAUUCGCACACACCCUUCAACACGGCACAUACACACACACAAUGUUUGUGUUUUUCCAGCAGUUGUCCUCAUCUCCUUUACGCCCCCUCCCCCUCUCCUCUCCCCACGCCCCCCUGCAUGUCCUAGUGGUCCAGGUAGUUGGGUGCAUGGAAAAAGCAGCAAGCAAAUCGUUUUCCACUCAGUGAAAAGUGUCUUCAUUUUAACAUUCAGCAAUAAAUCCCCUUUUCUCAUGUCUCCAUUCUUGGAAUAUGCUAGAAGUUUUUUGCAAGUUUUAUCAAAACAUACUUGUAAAAAAGAAAAAUCCAAACCACCUCUUCAUAUGAAAAUAAAUCUUUAUUCCUACCA